GAAACCUCGACGCUCUGUAGGAACACGAAGCACGACCGGAUUAAAAGCAGAACAUGUCGCUGGGAUGAUAUCAGCAACGAAAUCAAAUCAAAACCUCCAACUCCUGACCUUCGCUCCAAAUUCUACACAUCAAGCUUUCACCGAGAGGAAAAGAGUCGGAGACGAGGGAGCUGGAGAGGAAUGGAGGAGAGGGAGAGGGAGAGAGAGGUAGGAGGGGGAUGGAGAGAGAGACAGUGAGACAGAGUGAGAUACAGAGAGAGGGAGUGAAUAGAGUGAAUGCAGUCCAGCUUCUCUGCACUGUGGAGCAGCAGCAGUCAGUCCGACUCUGAAGGACACCAAGAGAGGAGAGACUCCAGCUGCACGGUGGAGGAAUAAAAACCUGGAAUAAAAAGAAGAGGAGGAGGAGAAGCGCUGGUUGUGUGUCUUUCAUUCUGUCUGUCUCUGAGCUGCUGACCGGCUGGAUAAAAGACAAACAGCAGCAGGAGGUGAACAGAGAAAAGAGGAGGAGGUGUUUCUGCUCUCAGGAGCCUCGCAGCUCAUGGUGUCGUUGCGACAGCGCUCAGCCAGCUGUGUGUGUCUGUGUGUGUGUUUGCUGGUGUGCGUGUUUCACUGUCAGCAGCUCCGUCUGGAUUUGGAGUAAACCGGGGAUUUCUCAUCAGCAGGAGUUGCUUGCUGGUGUUUUGUCUGUUGCAGCUUCUUUUUUCUGACAUCUUGGUCGGUGGUUCAGUGGAGGGACUACCGCCGUGCUCUGCUCCUCUCUCUCCUCCUUUCCUUAUCGCUGCCCUCCUCCAGCCUCCAGCCUCCAGCCUCCAGCCGGCUCCGCUGUCGCUGCCGGGACUCCAUCUGGUCGGAGCUCAGAGCGGGAGGCAGAUAGAUGGAUAUCAUCAGAUGGUCCUCAGUGUGGCGUUCUUACCCAGAAUGCACCAGGCCUGAUCCGUUGGCGUGACCCGACCCGACCUACAGGGCGCCUGCCAACCCUCGGCCAAUCAGCACUUCUUUCUCCGUGGCGCCAUGGCGACCGCAUCCGUUGGAAAGUUCGUUGGUCCACAGCUGCUCCACUGAGGUCACUGGAAACAAGAACAACUGGAUUCUGGGUGUUUUUAUGGUCUUUCUCUGUUGUUUUGUGCUGGAUUCCUUCCUUUUCCUGGAUCCUAAAAACGACUGACACAGUGGAUGUAAAAAACCCUCUUUUCCAACCAGCUCCUCCAGGAUGUCGGCUGUCAGGAGGUGACAUGUGGCUCAUCCUACCAUGUAGCCGCUACGACCCGAGGAAACCUGCCAGAAACUUUUUAAUGAGCCGAGAGCUGCCGGUUGAAGCGACUGAAAACGCUGUGGAUGAGCUGAGUGAGGACUUCUGAAGCGCUACCAGGUUAUUACCGGCCCCUGCACUUCCUGUUUUCCUCUUUAAUCUCUGCAUUCUGACUAAUCAUCUUUUUAAUUAAUGGCGACGGCGGUGUGAAAUCUUCCCUGACACCCUUCCCUCCUUCCGCCGCUGCCAGAGACACCUGAAACCAAUUAGCAAACAGAAGAUCCUGAUGGAGAUUAGAGGCUGGGAGAGCGAUUAGACGCAAACACAAAGAUGAGAAAACAGAACAGAGGAGGGGUUUGAAGGCUGGGAGGAGCAGAGGGUGGAUAUGGCCUCAUCAGAUAACCACCGAUCUGCAGGACGGAGCCCUGAGUCUUGACUGACAGGCGCAGCAUUCCCCAGGACUCAUCGUCGUUCCCAAACCAAGCAGGGAAGAGACUGAGGAACUCUCUGCCGGCCGCCACAAUCAGGGCCAAUUAAGAGGAUUUGAUUAUAUGCCUUCAUCUCAGCAGGCAGGAGGAAGACGAGAAGGCCGAGCAGGUGCCACCGAUACGCCCCAUUAUCCCCGUCCAUCUCUGAUUCAGUUGGUUUCUGUUUUCUCCAAACUCCUCGAGAGAAAUCUGGCGACGAAGGGAAGGCCCUCCUCAAUUAAUCCAGCCUGAGAUGUUCAUUCUUUACUUUCCUUUGUGGUGACUACAGCAAACACACUUUCACUUGUGUUUCCCUUCAGAGAUUUACUCAGUCUGGAGGACAUUUCUCUCCCUCCACUUUCAUUCCUUCUCCCAGCAUGGACCAGUCCUAUCUCCAAACCUCCCUGCAGCCUUCACAAUCUCCAUAUCAAGCGUGAGAUAAAAGCAAGAAAAUAAAGAAAGAAGAGGGAAAAAGGAGCCGUGAGGGACUGAAUCUGUGGAGGACGGAGCUGAGACUUUAUUUCCUUUCCACCAACUGUCCCUAAAGCCUCUUUUUCUAACUCCUCGUGUCCCGGGAGCUUUUUCCCAGCCUCCUCCUUGCGGAUCGUACUCACGCUGGACUUCCUGAGAUUAAACUGGCCUCCGUCAUCCCAGGGAAUCUUUGAAACCGGCUCCUGGUGUUGUCAUCUUCAUUCUGUGGCGGUACAGGCAGCCAGCAGACCAUUCUCCAUGAGGAGCAGUGGAAGAUGCCGGCUCUGCCAGCACUGCUGCUGUCGAUUACCGUCCUGCUGCUGACUAUGGCGCCUCUCUCCUUCAGCCAGGCCAACACCCUCUCAGCCGUCCGGAUGGCGGCCAUCCUGGAUGACCAGUCGGUUUGCGGCCGAGGCGAGCGUCUGGCGCUGGCGCUGGCGAGGGAGAACAUCAACAGUCUGAUGGAGGGCUCGUCCCAGGCCAGGGUGGAGGUGGACGUCUACGAGCUGCAGAAGGACUCCCAGUACGACACCACCGACACCAUGUGUCAGAUCCUACCAAAGGGCGUGGUCUCUGUGAUAGGCCCCGCCUCCAGCCCCGCCUCUGGGUCGACCAUCAGCCACAUCUGUGGGGAGAAGGAGAUCCCUCACGUGAAGAUCGGUCCGGAGGAAACCCCGAAGCUGCCGUACCUUCGCUUUGCCUCGGUGACGCUCUACCCGAGCAACGAGGACCUGAGCCUGGCCAUCGGAUCCAUCCUGCGCUCCUUCGGAAACCCGACGGCCAGCCUCAUCUGUGCCAAAGCAGAAUGCCUGCUGCGAUUGGAGGAGCUGGUUCGCCGCUUCCUCAUCUCCAGGGAGACGCUGUCGGUGAGGAUGCUGGACGAGAGUCUGGACCCGACGCCUCUGCUGAAGGAGAUCCGUGACGAUAAGGUGGCCACCAUCAUCAUCGACGCCAACGCCUCCAUCUCCUACCACAUCCUCAGGAAGGCCAACGAGCUGGGGAUGACGUCGGCCUUCUACAAAUACAUCCUGACCACCAUGGAUUUCCCUCUGCUCCGGCUGGAUGACGUGGUGGGCGACCAGUCCAACAUCGUGGGCUUCUCCAUGCUCAACAGCAGCCACUCCUUCUACCUGGAGUUCAUCAGGAGCCUCAACCUGUCCUGGAGGGAAGGCUGCGACAUCAGCCCCUACCCAGGACCAGCGCUGUCGUCGGCCCUGAUGUUCGACGCCGUCCACGUGGUGGUGAGCGCCGUCCGGGAGCUGAACCGCAGUCAGGAGAUCGGAGUGAAGCCGCUGAGCUGCACCUCGCCGCUCAUCUGGCAGCACGGAACCAGCCUGAUGAACUACCUACGCAUGGUGGAGUACGACGGUCUGACGGGUCACAUCGAGUUCAACAGCAAAGGACAGAGGACCAACUACACCCUGAAGAUCCUGGAGAAGCACCCAGUGGGACACAAGGAGAUCGGCAUCUGGUACUCCAACAACACGUUGGCCAUGAACUCCACCUCUCUGGACCUGAACGCCUCAGAGACUCUGGCCAACAAGUCUCUGAUCGUCACCACCAUCCUGGAAAACCCGUACGUGAUGCGCAAGUCCAACUACCAGGACUUCCAGGGCAACGACCAGUACGAGGGCUUCUGUGUGGACAUGCUGCGGGAGCUGGCCGACAUCCUCAAGUUCUCCUUUAAGAUCAAGCUGGUGGACGACGGGCUGUACGGAGCGCCGGAGCCCAACGGAAGCUGGACCGGGAUGGUGGGGGAGCUGAUCAACAGGAAAGCCGAUCUGGCGGUGGCCGGCUUCACCAUCACCUCAGAGAGAGAGAAGGUGAUCGAUUUCUCCAAACCCUUCAUGACUCUGGGGAUCAGCAUCCUGUACCGGGUCCAUCUGGGUCGUAAGCCCGGCUACUUCUCCUUCCUGGACCCGUUCUCUCCGGCUGUCUGGCUCUUCAUGCUGUUGGCUUACCUCGCCGUCAGCUGUGUCCUCUUCCUGGCCGCCAGGCUCAGUCCCUACGAGUGGUACAACCCUCAUCCAUGUCUGCGGGAGCGGCGGGACAUCCUGGAGAACCAGUACACGCUGGGGAACAGCCUGUGGUUCCCAGUGGGCGGCUUCAUGCAGCAGGGCUCAGAGAUCAUGCCCCGUGCGCUGUCCACCCGCUGCGUCAGCGGAGUCUGGUGGGCGUUCACCCUCAUCAUCAUCUCAUCCUACACGGCCAACCUGGCGGCAUUCCUCACCGUCCAGAGGAUGGAGGUUCCCAUCGAGUCCCCGGACGACCUGGCCGACCAAACCAACAUCCAGUACGGCACCAUUCACGGAGGCUCCACCAUGACCUUCUUCAUGAACUCGCGGUACCAGACGUACCAGCGGAUGUGGAACUACAUGAACUCCAAGCAGCCCAGCGUGUUCGUGAAGAGCACCGAGGAAGGCAUCGCCCGCGUCCUCAACUCCAAGUACGCCUUCCUGAUGGAGAGCACCAUGAACGAGUACUACCGCAGCCUCAACUGCAACCUCACGCAGAUCGGCGGGCUGCUGGACACCAAGGGAUAUGGCAUCGGCAUGCCGCUGGGUUCUCCGUUCAGAGACGAGAUCACUCUGGGAGUCCUCCAGAUGCAGGAGAGCAACCGGCUGGAGAUCCUGAAGAGACGCUGGUGGGAAGGAGGACAGUGUCCCAAAGAGGAGGACCACCGAGCCAAAGGUCUCGGCAUGGAGAACAUCGGCGGCAUCUUCGUGGUCCUGAUCUGUGGCCUCAUCAUCGCCGUGUUCGUGGCCAUCAUGGAGUUUGUGUGGUCGACGCGCCGCACCGCAGAGACGGACGAGGUAAACCUUCAUCCUCCUCCUCCUCCUCCCUCGUCCUCCUCCUGCCUCCACCACUCCUCAGUGUCCGUCUGUCAGGAGAUGCUGACGGAGUUUCGAAACGCCGUCUCUUGUAAGAAGAGUUCCCGCUCUCGUCGCCGGCGGCCCCUCACCAGCGCUGGAGGAGGAAUCCUCCGCCACCCGUCCCGCCUGGCCCUGGCCGGCCCCCGGCCUAUCCGCCUGGUCCGAGAGAUGCGACUCAGCAACGGCAAACUGUACAGUGGCGCCGGACCGCUGACGGGCGGGUUGGCGGGGCUCGGGGGAGGCCCCGAUUUGGGCCCAGGGCCACAGAGGCUCCUGGAGGACCCGCUAGGAGUCAACGCCACCACCAGCACGCCUCCCCCGGCGUCGGCGCUGGUGGCUCCACCCGCUCCGCCGCGCAGCUUCCUGCAGAGCUGCAGCCACGUGCGGAUCUGCCAGGAGUGUCGGCGGAUUCAGAGCCUGCGGCCGGCCACCCUCACUCCUCCCCCGCCUCCUCCCCCAUCCUCAUCCUCCUCCGCCUCCUCCUGCUCCCGCAUCCCCCCCUCGGUGGUGGCGCCGGGCCACCACCAGCACCGCCACAACCCCCACCAUCACCUCCACUACCACCACGGCUCCAUGUCGCUGCCCCGCCUCCCACCUCCACCUCCCCCGAUCUCCACGGACAGAGCCGACAGCGACGGGGGGACGGCGAGCCCCAGGAGGGCCAAAAACAAACCAGCGCCACCGCCCAGACCGGUGCCCCCCGCCAAGACACCAACACACCCGCCCACGGACUUACUGGGGGGGCACGACUGAGCGGAAGGACGCUGUGGUUUAAACUUUGGAUCAGUCCAAACCAGACUCAGCAGGGGUGGACGGAGGAAACCAUUUGGACCCGUUUGCUGGGUCGAAGCCACUUUGGACCAGUGGAUCGUACCAGUAACCUUCACACAGGGGUGGGUGGUUCAAACCACUCUGACCUGUUAGCAUUAAACAUUUGGAUUAAACCAGUA